UCCGUGAGUGCGCGUGGCUGCAGAAAGACGAACUCUUAGUAGUAGUUAGUAGUAGGGAGAGCCUCGUGCCGAUCAGUUGGCCUCAACCUGCUCGUGCUCGACGGUUUCCCGUUGCCGCCGCCGGAGCGCAAAGAGGAUACGCGCCGAGCGAUGACCAUGCCUCCUACCGAGCGCAGUUUCGGAUUCGUCGUGCACCACCAGCUGCACCAGAGCAAGGCAGAGAGUCGGAGGGCGUCCAAGCCUCUGAUGGAGAAGCGCCGCCGGGCGCGCAUCAACCACAGCCUGGCGCAACUCAAGAGUCUGCUGCUGGACGGAAGCAGCAAGAAGGAAUCUCAGAACCCCCGCAACGCCAAAUUGGAAAAGGCUGACAUUUUGGAAAUGACCGUACGACAUCUCCAGGGCAUUCACCAGGGUCACCAUCUGCCUCCGACGCCCGCCAUGGAAAUGCGAUUCCAGGAAGGCUUUGCUGAGUGCGCCCGCGAGGUGUCCCGCUUCGUGUGCAACUCGGACGUGGACGACUCCCUUCGGUCUCGGCUCCUAGGACACUUGGCUUCCUGCCUGGCCUCCAUGCAUCCGGCGGUUCAGGCAGCGGACGCCAUGGACACCGAAGAGACCGCCGGGGCCGUUUCCCACGUUUCGUCGACCUCUGUGGCGAACGCCGCUGCUACCUCCCACGUCAACACGUCUAACGUCGCCAUGGCUGCUAGUCGCGUCAUCGUCAAGCAAGAGAUCUCGGACGGCGAUGUCAGUGCUGCUUCUUCUUACGCUGUGGCGACUCAUCAUUCUUGCUUCACGAACGGUGACCUGCCCGGCUUGUCCGUAUCGAGUCCGCUCAACCUGGCCACCGGGAGCCGCUCCUCAGCCUAUUCUACCUCUUCUUCCUCCGGCGUCAGUGCGCCGGCCAGCCCCUUCAGCGACUCGGAGUCGACCACGUCGGCCGCCAGUGACGACAACUACGUGGCCGAGCUGGAACAGCACACGUUCGGCGUCAUACGCCGGGCCCCGGCAGCGAUGUUCGGUGACCCGGUCUGGAGGCCCUGGUAGUGACUGUUGAAGGACUCGCCCAGCACUAAACGCAGUGUGCCAAAUACUUUACUAUACAUCGUGUCUGUUACGUUUGACCUCAAUCGGUGCAUCUGGUCGGUUCUACUGUGUUUACGUAGAGAAUGCAUUGUCGUGACAGCGUUGACGCGAUGUGUCCGAUUCCUUACGAGGCCCAUUUCAAUGCUGGGUGUGUGCGUUCAAUGCCGCGAGGCUGGUUCAAGCAUGUCCUCAAGAAAUCAGGAGAAAGUUAGGGUGUUGUCGACAGAGAGUCAUUUGAACGAUUGUUUAGAAUAUUGCUCAAUAUUCAUUUCUUCCGGCUGCCAUCUAGCGGAUAUCCGUAGAGCUGCUGCCUUGUACGUACAACACGAAUAUGGCGGUGCCACCUGUUUUCCUCUGUGGAGCCAGACAGACCUUUUGUAUUUUGUAUUUGCACAAACGCGCACAGAUACAGUGUUAUGUGCAGUGGUUGUGAGCGGCAAGUUGUCGACAAUUCUCUGAGCAGACAUGUUAGGGUUUUACAUGACGAGUAUAGAACACGGAACGAUCUUAACCCGCGACUUUUAUGUUGGCUGUCAUCCAGCAUGCAGGACAAAAGAACCGAGCUGUGGUUACUACCACUGUCAAAAUGCGGCUAUACCAAAGACAUGCGCCAACUACGGCCAAUAUUUUCAUUCCUAACACUGCUGUCUUUGAACACGUAGAUAACAUCUUAGAGGAAGUAGUAGCUUAAGGAUAUUUCUUCUUAGUAUUUACGGUAAUAAGAAAUUUACCUUGAAUACGCUGGUCAUAAAAUCAACCUCAAUACAGAUGCCUUUUAAGCCUGGCCUUCGUCACACAUUCCGAACGUGCUUACUGGGAUAUGAACACCCUUCGAGACUCCUGUAAAAUUUCUAUGGCCGACCAGGCCACAGUUCCCUUCAGGACAUUCCAUAGCGAUGGUGCACAGUGUCAGUGUUCAUCUUUUGUUGUUGUUGUUUAGAAUGAGCCUCUCUGCGAACCCCGAUGUAAAUUCAAUUGGCUAUUUUUUAUGCGAAACACUUGCUUGAUCAUUCGAUCAGUCGAGCAAUGCUCUUAAUUUUUCCCUUUUCUUGCAUUCUAAAUUUAUGCUUAAAUCCUCCUGCCAGUUGGUUUUAUGCUGUAUUUUGCGUUUUCUUGAAUGACAUGUUUUUCUCCCCUGUAGUAAAUGCACAUCGGAGGUGUGUACCAGUUAAUUUUUCUUUAUUGCCAGAUGGAAGCACGUAACAGUGCAUACAGGCGAUCCUCAACAAUUGCGUGCGUUGAUAAAACUGUCAGCCCGUUCUGGCUGAUACCCGUACAGUGUGUUCAAAAUUCUUGCAAAUGUAAUAACCGUGGCAGUUAUGAAACCCAUGUUCACCCGUCGGGUCUUCUAUAGACCACGAUGGAGCCUCGCGUGGUUAGUGCUCUCCGACGACACGCAGCUGACCAAGUUUUGACUGCGGAAGUGGACGAAUCUGAUAGUGUUUUUUAUUAUUGGCUGAUAUCUGUCGUAGACCGAUUUGAGGCGGAGUCCGUGAUAGGUGUCAUUGUAAAUGAAAAAAAAAAAAAGAUAGCGCCAGGGAAUCGUUGAUGUACAUGUUCAAGCUGGGAGUUUUUAUUUGAAGUACAGAAAAUGCCUUACACAAGUUCCUAGUUAUGAGUACUGCGCAACUCCAAGAAUUCGUUUACACGACCUUGUUUAUAUGUAGUGCCCAUCAUUGCUGACUAAGACAACUCUCCGCAUGCUCUGUAUGUGUAUACGGUUGUCCAUUCCAUAUGAGGAGAAACUAAUGGACUUGUUCCUUCUUGGACAGCCAUGACACCCGUCCACGAACUGGGUCACACCCUUUGUAUCAUAUGUACAGUGUCUCUUUCGAAUGCUCACACCAAACUUAAUUUUAUAUGAAGAUUGUACAUACGUUACGUUUGACUUGUAGAGUUCCUAUACGACCGAUAUGUGUGUUUGUUAAGUAUUCGUUAAGUUAUAAAAAUCAGUCACGUCUCAUAUUUCAUUACUCAUGCCUGAAGGAAGUGCCUUUUCACUGAAUGCCAUCUACCUUGUGUCACAACGAAAAUACGCACAAAAAAUAUUCAUGUGUUGAAUAAACGCCAAGUGUUUCCGCACAAGAAAAUGUAAA